UUUGUCAUUCGCAAAUAAUCAAAUUUCCCGCCAAUUAUUACUCCAAACAGUGAAGAGUGAGGUUAACUUCAGGUAUAGAGAAGAUUUCACUGCUGUAAGCACUUUCAAACACUUUCUAAUCAAUAAAAAAAGUUAGAAGAAAAAAUGACGUCUAUUGGUCGUGGGAGAGGAUGGGGAAAAACUUCUAAUGAAACCUCGGCACCUUUGAGGAGACCAGGUCAACAAACAGAAACGAAUCAAUUGGCAAAUACUGAAGAGACUGAUGAGUGGAUUCAAAAAAUUCAAGAAUUAGAUAUUAAUGAUUCUGAUUCCAUUUUUCAAACAAUAAAGUCAGUACUUUUAGAAACAUCACAUGAAGAUGAAGCAUGUAAUAAUCGAGUUACAAAAUUAAUAAAUAAAGCAUUAGAAGACAAAGAGUUUGCAGUAAAAUUCAUGGCUGGUGCUAAGGAUAAUUUUUCACCAAGGUUUUUACAGCCUCUACAAAGUCAUUAUAUGAAUUUUUCUAGUGCUUUUUUUGAUCGUGAAAAAAUGACUAAGGAGAAUAUUCCACAGUUUAUGAAUUUAACUUACUUGCUCUCCGAAAUUAUUCACAAUGUAUCAACGACAAAUAGAGCUCUACGAGAUCCAUUGGUUGAUUGUUGUAAAAUGCUUUUAGAGUUAGGAGGUGAAGAAGAAAUUGAAUUAGUAGCUACUUCGAUUUCAUUAAAUGGCAGAAUGCUACACUCAAAAUUAGUAAAAUGUUUACCUGAAGUCAAUUUUACUGCUAGAGAAAUUCUAGCUACACGUAAUCUAAGCUCGCGAUCUCGAGUGUUAUUAAUGCUCAUCAUCGAUUUAUUUCAUAAUGAAUUUAUGCCAUUAUCUGGUGGACUCCAAAAUUUUUAUGUCAAACAUUUAGGACAAUCAACACUUCUUAAAAUGCAAAGUAAUUCGAAAAAUAUAUGGAUAGCUAUUGAUACUCAAUAUCCACUUGCAAGCAGUCAGAAAAGCGAGAAUGUAGAAGGUAUUCUCAUGCAGUUACCAUCGAAUCAAAAGCCUCAACCAAAAAAACAUAGUCCAAAAAAUUUGUCUUCACAAAAUAAUCCUGGUCCACGCGCUAUUCGUGGUUCUGGAGCCACAAAAAAUAAAGAUUACCGUGACUUCAAGAAAUUUUCUGAUAAACGUGAUAAAAAUAAUGACAACGUAUGGACAGAUAAGCAUGAGGGAAACAAUCAGAGUUGGAAUCAUGAUGAUCGAUUCAGUAAAGACUAUUAAUUUUUCAAAUUUUUUUUCAUAUUAGAAAUAUGAAGACAUUUCUAAUUAAUUAUUUCUUUAAAUUUGACAUUACUAUGACCUAAUUUAUAGAAUAAUUAUGAUGUAAUAAUAACUUAAUUGAUGUCGGUUUAUAUAAAAUCAUUACUUUAUAUAAGAAACUAGUGAAAAUACUACAAAUAUUUUUCUCAAUGAUGAAAUAUUAUUGAAAUCAAAAAUAAUGAGAAACAGUAGUAUUAAUCGACUCAAUUUUAAUUUUUUUUGUUAAUGAAAUUUACACAUGAUUUUUUAGAAGUUUUAAAAUCACUACAAAUUAUUUUUUUACUCUUUUUUCGAUUAAUCAUUGUUACAUUUAUAUCAUUCCAUAUAGAAUCAAAGAGCAAAUACUUUUUCUAAUAUAUAUCUAGAAAACUUAAUCAAUUUGUUCAAUAUAAACCGACAUAGCAGUUUUAAGACUCUUAACUUAUGCAUAUUAUAAAACGUAUUAACAAUUAAUUGAAAUGAUAUAAAUAAAAGUAGAUUAUAAACUUUUAACAGUAAACGACAACAAAAGAUAAAAUGCUAAUUGAAGAAUAAUGUCAGUGAAUAUUUAAAACGCAAAUGUAAGAUUACUUUACAAUUGUAAAUUUUUUUAAAAAAUAUACUCAACACUUGUAUUU